GGGUGAUUAGGGAAUUUAUGAAGCGUCACACGUGUGAUUUUGAUGUCAUAAGGGGAGAUCACAAACAUGUUACAAGUCUUUUUGUCAGUCAAUGUAUUAAGGAUAAAUUUAUUGCUUGUCAAUGCACUACCCCAAAAAACUAUUAUGAAUCUCAUGCGCAAGGAGCAUGAAGUUGGAAUCAGUUACUACAAAGCUCUUCGAGCAAGACAUAUUAUUUUAGAAGAGUUUCAAGGACCGGCGAAGGCGUCAUAUUCUCCUAUACCAGCUCUAUGUUAUGCUUUAGAAUCAACAAAUUCAUAUAUUCUAAAUUCCAGAACAUGUUCUAAUACAAGAUUAAUAGAAUUUUAUAUCACACCGGGCAUCACUAACAUUUAAAUCGCGUGGGUUCUCCAUGGGUUCUCUUACAGCUCUCCAGAUUGAAGAAGAUGGUGCUUUUAAAUACUGUUUUUAUCAUUUGCCGCUUCCAUUGCUGGAUGUGCUUAUUGUCGGCCUAUCAUAUCCGUCGACAGAACUUUUCUCCAAAAUAAGUUUGCGGGUAUUCUCCUGAUCGCAUCAGCUAAGGAUGCAAAUAACCAUAUAUUCCCUAUAACAUUUGCAAUCGUUGAUUCUUAAACAGAUGCAUCGUGGGAGUGGUUCUUAACGAAGUUAAAGGAAACGAUUCCACCUCGUGACCAUAUGGUUUUUAUUUCUGAUAGUAAAGCAAGCAUCCCUAAAGCUGUCUUGAAAGUUUUCCCAUGUGCGGAUCAUGAGUUUUGUGUUCAACAUUUGAUUGGUAACUUGAGGACAAAGUUUAAGCACCCUGCAAUUCUUGAUUUGUUUAACAAAUGCGCCAGAGUUUACAAAUUAUCGCAUUUUGAGCAAUCAAUGCAUAAUUUAGAACAACUUGCAGCAGACAUACGUGCAUAUCUUCUUCAGAUUGGCUAUGAAAAAUGGGCACAUUGUUAUUAUAAACGUCAUAGAUAUGGGAAUGAUAUUACAAACAUAUCUGAAAGUAUGAACAAUGCAUUGGAAGAGGGAAGAGACUUACCCAUUGUUCCAUUGAUUCAGAAAAUACAAGAGAAGUUGCAAACAUGGUUUGUUGAUCGUCGAGUUGAUGCCUCAUCAAUUCAUACCCGCUUAACUCCUUCGGCGGGGCAACUCCUGGCUGAUCAAGUUAUUCACGGAAGGCAUAUGGAGGUGCGUCCCAAUGACAUUAACGAGUACACUGUUUUGCAAGCUGGUCGCUCCUAUGUGGUUUAUUUGCAAACCAGACAGUGCAUUUGUAGGAGAUGGGAUCAUGGAGAAAUAUCAUGUGCACACACAUGUGCUGUUAUCAACAAAUGCAAUCUUAGUGUGCACUCGUUUGUCUCAGCGUAUUACUACAAUGAAUCUUAUGCAUCUACAUUUUCAGCUACGAUCCAUUCAUGGGGAAAUCCACAUGAGUGGGUAGUUCCUAACAUAGAAACGCCAACUAUUGUCUUUCCUCCUCACAUAAAGUGUGGUGCUGGUAGACCAAGAAAACAGAGGAUACCAUCAGUGGGAGAGUUCAAAAAAUCGAAAAAGUGCAAGCGAUGUGGUCA